AAUUUUGUUGCGGUUUUGUGCACAAGAAAUUUUUUAUUUAGUUCAAUACACGCAUGCGCGACGACAAUACGAGAAAAGUUAUAGGAUGAAGAUAUAUAAUUUUGUGAUAUUAAUUAUAAUUUCUGUCUUAGGCAAUUAUGUGACGGACGCUGCUAGGGGUGGAGGUGCUAGGAGUGGAGGUGUCAGGGGUGGAACAAGAAGCGGGGGAACUAGAAGUAGCGGAACCGUUAGGAGUACAACAAGGUUUGCAACUCGUUCCUCUUAUCGGGGAUCCUCUUAUCGACCGGGAACGUGGAAGACGGCGGCUGCCGUCGGCACCUUGUACGGACUCUCUAGUUACAAACGACGGAGAAGAUACCUCGAUUCUCCUGACAGCGAGCCUUCAGUUUGCUUCAAUGAAAAGAACUUGCGUAAUGGAACAUAUGGGUAUUUUAUAUGUCCGGAAGAUGGCCAAAGCGACGACAUGGCCUACUGUUGCGGGGAUGAGAAUGCACAAACAUGCUGCGAAUAUGCCGAUGCUACGGCUGUGGGACGAAUUGUCGGUAUAGUAAUUGGUGUUAUCGCCGCUACAGUUCUUGUGGGUGUUGUGGUCUACUGUUUUUGUAUAAAACGAAGAAGAGAUGCACAGCGCAAGAAUACAACCAUGUACAGUCACAAUCAGGCAACAGGUACUGCAUCUGUGCAAUAUAGUACAAGUCAGCCAUAUAGUACGAGCCAACCGUAUACUACGGGUAUGGAUUUCCAGUAUGGUCAAAAAGAAGGUAUGAAUUCCUAUCCACAAACUGCUGACGGGACAAAUACCUAUGAUACUACUAUGUCUUACCCACAAACUGCUGACGGACCAAAUACCUACGAUACUAUUGGCAAUUCUGCCGUCAAUGGGACCCCUCCCUAUUCCUCCGGGCCUAUUGGCUUCGAGGGUGAAAAAUCGUCCCAAACACAGAAUAAUACACCUAUGCCUCCACCUUACCCAACAACUCCAUACACAGGUUUUCAAGACGUGCCUACGGUACCGCCACCUGCCUAUACAACAAAUAACAUCUAACAACUGUGUCUUCGGACAAUUUAACAAAGGACGCAAACCAUGUAUCAAUAUUAUGUUUAUGAAAUGUUUGACAGGUCGUGCAAUCUCACAUUACCUUAGGACAAAUAAUCUGAUCACCUCGGCCUUUAUGCUAUUAUAUUAUUAUAUUGUAUUGUACGGAGAAUACGGAAAUACCCGAUGUUUCACUAUUGUAGAACAAUAUGCCGGAACAUAUUUCAGUCCAAACAUAUUCGAGUUCUGUCAUGUAAAACUGAUGCAUAAGAAUCUGAAACUGCUUGGUUAUAAAACAGACCUCAAUUCUUGUAAGUUAUUAUUUUGGAGGAGAAACACUAAGGAAAUGAUGGACAGAUCGCUUUCAAUUUAAAACACAGAGAUACUACUAACUUACAGCUUACAUUUGAACUCGAAGUAAACAUUGUUUGCUGUAUCAAGCCUCUAUUCUUUAUAUGCCAUUUUACCACAUACUGUAGAGUUUUUGUCAACUUUUAAAUAGGUCACACCUCUCUACAAAAACCACCCUUCGGAAAGAAAAUGUGAUCUUUCUUAACAAUUUUUUUAUCAUAACAUGGGAAAUUGUUCUAUUCGGAAGUCAACGGUAUGAGUAAAUGGUGACAUUGUAGAACAGAAAACGGUGAUAUUUUAAUGCAAGUUAUAUGGCUGUGAUAUUCAGUCGAUAUUGGUCCUUAGAACAAGUUUGAUUGUAUAUGGAAUUAUGAUACCGUCAUCUUUUCAAAGCAUUUAGAAGAAAGUAACAAAAACUAUAUAAAAAAAUCAAAAUACCUUAUGUAGAUUGUCAUUUAAAAUAUCUAAGUGAAAUGCAUGCACUUCCAUUGUAUAUAAAGCCGUUUAGUGCCAUAAUACUUUUGAAAUAUGCACGUUUUUGUCUUAUUGUUGUUCUAUUAUGACCUUUCGACAUUUUAAACUCGGCAUUUUGUUGUAAACAAAGAAAAAGGUGACCCUUUCUCAGCCGAAAAAUUGCAAAGGGAAAUUCAGUUUCAGACAUAAGAAAUCUUCAAAUUACUUACACUCGCACGGAGAAGUGGGGUAAUAUUUUAGUAACAGUGGUUCGCAUACUUUAACCAUAGAAAGAAAUGUGUUCAGAAUGUUCGACAGUGCCUGUUCCAUAAUGUAAUUUAGCCUAACUCUGUUGUGUGUAAAUAUAUUUUUGCUAUUUAGUUUAACACCAUCUCAGAGUUCUGAGACCACCCAUAAAUUGCAGCCCUGCCAUUAGUCUGUCUGACCUAUGAUGCGAUUUGUCUGGGACUGUUGUCAAUAAUUAUUAUAGCAUAAUACACUUCAACCCUAACGAUUUUGUAUAAUUAAAUGGGAGUCUCUGGGGCCGAAUUGUUAUUUUUCUCUGAUAUGCUAUCACUGAUCCCUUUUUGGAUAUUUUGAGAGAAAAAGUUUGCAGGUUCCCACUCGUGUCGUCUAAAAAAACAGUACUCUGAAGGUCACCUAGGUUUACCAUCCAGCAUGAUAUUUUCAGUUUACGGCUGCAGAAAGGUAUUUAAAAGGAGAUGCCUCCAGACGCUCAUCAACAUUUCUUUUUUAUCUUUUUAAAGCAGAUAGCAACUGAUUUUAGAUAUCGAAAGUGAUAGACCAUUGUUUGAAUAUAAAGUACAGCAUAAACUCUUCAAGUAAUAAUAUUUCAAGUGUUAGUAGCGUGCCUAACGCUCUGGAGAGAUUUCUACCUAUUUUAUUAAAGUUGUUUAUAUUCAAAUAAAAUCUCAAAAAACAUAGAAAAUCACAUGAAAUUUUCUUUCUGUGUAAUAAUCAUUAUCAGAAGGUAUGUAGCUUUAAGUACAUGAUGCUAGUUAUAAUAAAUUCGCGAGCAGACAAAUCCUAAAAUUGCAAUUAUAAACCUUUAUAUAUUGUUAUAACUAAUUUUUUAUAUGCAUAAUUAUAUUCAAAAUAUAGUUCUACCAUUUCACUGUGGCAUUUCUCAAAAUAUAUAUGCUUCUUUAAUAUUGUAUUGUUUUUACAUUAAUCAAUGAUUCUUUGAUAUUUGUUAUUUUUUUGACAUUUUAUUUGUAAAUAAAUAUUUUAUUAAUAAAUAAAGAAAUCUGUUAAGGAAAAAA